UGGUUUAACUUAUCAAAAAAUCACUGAUUUUAAUUUGUUCUCAGUACUUGCAUUUGAACAGCAUGGAACUCCCUCACUAGCAGUUGAUGAGGCAGUUAAAUCAUUUUUGAAAAAUUGCACUAGACUGAAAAAGGAGUAUCUGGGUCGAGGGCGUAAUGCUGGUAGUCAGGAUGAAUCAUAUGAAUGGGAGAGAAGCCUCGAAGUCGGAGAUCAUCAGUUUGUGAUGGACCCAUUGGACCAUGCACAUGCUCUGAAUCCUGAUCCCUACCUCCUGGAGUACCCGGAGGAGUCCCAGGAAGAAUUGAAACCGACUUCCCUGCUGGAAAAUUAUGAAAUAACACCUGAAUGUAAUGGUUUUGGUGUAACCAAUAUUUCCUCGGACCCUGGGUGUAGCCGAUCGGAGUCUACCGGGGUGAAAACCAAAUCAAGGAAACGACACCAAAAAUCUGAAAAAGCGGAUAAAUCUUCAAAAUCUAACGGUCAGUCAAUAAUUUCAGAAAAUCCGCAAUAUUUGCAGGAACACCGGAAACAGCUGAGGAAGCUUAUGAAGUACCGUGUGGUGGCGGCUAAAGAGAAAGCUAAAAUCUGUUUCCUCAAGAGAGUAAAACUAGAGAGAGCGUUGGAUAUCAAGAUUGAGUAUCCUUUUCAGGACACCUCAGAAUCCAGCUCCUCCAGUGGAAGUGAGGUGGAGGGGGAGGAGAUAGGUGUUUAAUCAAUCAAUCAAUCAAUCAAUCAAAUAUGAAGUUCUGUUAAAUUUAAGAAAUUCGGGAAAGAAAAUAUAUUGUCUUUGUUGUACUUAAUUACGAUUUUCUAUUCAAAUGCAAUUUUAGUUGUAAUUUUUCUUCAGAUGUUGAAUUUUUGAAAUUCCUGGAAGCAGGCCUCAAAAGUUGUACUAGUUGUACAGAAUUUUCAGAGACCUUAAUUACAAUUGAAGUGUAACACUUUUAACAAUACUCUUCAUUUUUACGUACGUGGUUCAUUUCUUAGUCAUCCCUGGUUUGAUAACGUAUUUUUAUAAGAAAAAUAUCUGUUUUUAAUAUAAAAACCAACGUCGAAUUCUUCAAGUUUACAAAAAUCUGGUAAACGAAGCUUUUUUUUACAAUGGAUCUGAUGACUCACCUAAAACUCUAAUGAUUAGGCCUAGGAUGCUAAAAAAUUUUCCUAGAUCAAAUAGUUAAAAUUUCAAAUAUAAUUUGAUUAAACACCAAUUGAAUAAACACUGUACAGAUAGAGGAAAUUGAAAAAUUGAGUUUUUAGUUUUUAAUGAGAAAAAACUUAAAGCAAACAUUGUACACAGAAAUAAAUUCUACGAAUCAUACAAUAAAAAUUUUGAGUUUUA